AUGCAUGGAACAUCAAAGGGAAGCUAUGACACUCUCGAGCACAGCUUCUUACUACGUGCAGGAGCCCACACUAUCAAAUUCCACUGUGCAUUUCCAGUCGAACACUGGGCCCAGCUUAAACGUACCACCACCAUCAAUGCCCUCUGCCCGACUCAAAAAUCGAGGGGAAGGCCGCCCGGUUCUGGUCGUAAGCACCAGUUAGCUUCAACCACAGGUGGAUCUAUGUUUAAUGCAACUGGAACAAUGACUCCAUAUAUCAUCAAUGUUGCAGUUGGAGAAGAUAUCAAAGUAAAGGUACUGUCACUUUUACAAGAUCGACGAGCCAUAGUUGUGUUGUCGGGCGUCGGUUAUGUUGCAGCUGCCAACAUUAAAAUUCCGAGCUCCAAUGGGAGUGUGACUUAUGAGGGGCACUUUGAUAUGGUGAAUCUUUCUGGUUCUUACAUCAAUGAGGCUGACGAGCCUCACGGCCCGACUGGUGGUCUGACUGUUACUUUCAUGGGUCCUGAUGGCCGUCUUAUUGGUGGUCCUGUCGAGGGAGUUCUCAUUGCUGCUAGCCCAGUUCAGGUGAUUGUUGGAACUAUAAUGCCUUCCACUCCAAAGCCGAAAAACAAGGUUGUGGAUAAUCGGGACACGUCGGGUGAUCAAGACCGUACACUUGGCAACUCGACAACUCAAGCUAACAUCCAACCUAGUCAGAGUCUCUCCACAAUGGGCAUUUGGCAGAGCUCGAGAUAA